AUGGCAAUGUAUACGAUUGUCUAUAAUGGCAUAAAGGUGCAAAUUGUACUUGGAGAUCUUACCCAGCAGAAGGUGGAUGUCAUCAUUUGCUCGUGCUCAAGCAAGAUGGAGGGUGGCGCUUUAUUGAAGAAAUUAUGUAAUCUUGGUGGACCCCAAUUUACUCUGGCUGCAAAAAAAGUAAAUGAUCUCCACUGGGGAUCUGUCUACAUGGUAAAAGGAGAAACAUUGCCAUGCAAGUCAGUAUAUUUCAUUCCAUUCAUUCACUACUCGCAUCCGAAUGAAGCAACUAGAAUAAAGACGAUGGCUGAUGAACUAUACAAAUGCCUCUUGUUAGCCAAUACCUAUAAAAUGUCUUCGAUAGCCAUACCAUCUAUUGGCACUGGUAAUUUACGUCUAUCGGUCACUGCCGUUGCUAAAGCUUUUAGUCAAAUGGUUAUAGCAUAUUGCGAGCAAAAGCGCGGUAGCAACUUUUUACGUGAAAUCCGAUGGAUCAUCUAUCAGCAAGAAUUUUAUACUGAGUUUUUGAAAACAUUUAAAAGUUGCAUCAUUUUAAAUGAUCACCCUCUUACCUCCGAUCAGCUAAUUACAGAAGACAUGAUCACUAGCCCAAGCGUUCAGAAUACUACCGAAGUUUCUUCACUAGCUUCUUCUGUCUCGGAUAAAGCUAUUAGGAAUAACAAAAAUUGUCAAUUUAGUGAUAAUAUUUCGCUGAGUAAUUGUCCGACUUCACCUGAUCACUCGCAUAAAUUAGUUGACCUCAGUGAUGCUAAUGAAAUAUACAGUCAGAUAGUAAAUGGUGUACAAAUAAGUGUUCUUUCUGGUAAAGUUAAAGAUCAAAAGGUUGACGGAAUAAUUAUCUUAAAUUACGAAGAUAAUUUAGAGGAAGAUACAGCUCGUAUUAAUUUAUCUGAUGAAACGCGUUAUGGUAAGAAACACCAAAACGAAUUAUCCAAAUUGAAAAAAGGUUCCUUUUAUAAAACUGACGGCAGCAGUUUGCACUGUCAAUACAUUUAUCAUAUACCCGUCACAACCUAUUACAUGGCUGAAGAAAAUCGCCAUAGUCGAAUGCUUCUGGAAUUGAAUUUCCAGAUAGCAAAGUGUUUUGAAGACGCAGACGUUUGCAAUCUGAAAUCUAUUGCUAUACGUAUCGAUAAUAACUGGAGCUAUUUCAUGGACAUCAAAGUUGCACCUUUACGCUUACUUAAAAUUUUGUCGGAAUAUUUAUUCCGGCAUCGUCACCAUGCCUAUCGUGACAUACGAUUAGUUAUAACAGUAAACGAUCAGACCCUCGUAAGUGAUAUGAUCCGAACGCUACCACCAUUGAUGUCAUCAGCAGACUAUGGCAAUAGUAGUAAUCGUAAUAAUUUACGGGAUGGUAUACACGCUUCUUAUCGAGAUUAUAUCAUUUCACAUGAAGACAGCCGCGAAGCAUCAGGCACUGAAGAUGCAAUCAAAAAAGCGAACUUGCUAAAAGUUCCUACGCCAAUAAAAGAUAGAACAGUCUCCGAUGAUGUGAAUGAAUUUACUGAUAUAAAAACUGAACCGUGCAUAUAUACAAUCUUACCGGACUCUAGUAUUGGCGAGAAGCUACUUGCAACUAUUAGUAAUUUGGAGUAUGAUGUUGUGAACCUCUUUGAAGUAGAAAAUCAGAUCCUAUAUGAACAAUACGACAUUCAAAAACGUUAUGUAUCUGCAUUGGUAGCCCGAUUUUCAGAUAUACAAAAGUCGCCAAUAGAAAGAAUUCUCUUUUAUGCUACUAAUGUUGAAGGUGCUCGAAGAAUCAUUAUUAGUGGAUUUAAAAGAGAAUUUACUGGAUCAGACACUGUUAAAUAUUCGUUCGGUACUACUUUUGCGGUCACUGCAAAGAAGGCCGUUAAAGUUGCGAUGUACAAUCAUCAUAUUCACCCCGCAGAUAAAGAUAUCAUUUUAGUUUGUGCGAAAGUUUUAACUGGAUUAUCUACCGAACCUCGAAAAGAUGAAAUGCCAAGUUCAGCUAUCAAUUUAAACAAGCUAUUUGGACAUUAUUUUUCUGACUUGUUAUCAUCAAAUGAUUUAAAUGAUAUGUGA